AUGGCAAAGCGACGUAGAGAAGAGAUGGGAAAACUACAGCAGGAACAAAGGCUUCGGAAAUCGGAAAGUUGUGUCUCAGGUAAUAACGUCAAACAUCAACACUCAGAUGAGCCUUACGCAUAUGACACAGAUAUGCGUGAAGAUAGCAGCAGGUAUGUUCAAAUAACUGUAUAGAGGGAGAAAAUAUCUCCUUUUUGGGUUAUUUUCAGAAUUUGAACGCCCGUGUGUAACACAAGUCACUUAGAUGUCUUCGUGCGAGUUGGUCACAAGGAACAAAGCGAGGAGCAACAGGGUGGAGACAUUUCGCUCCCUCCCACCUCCUCACACACAGCGUUUGCGAUUUUAUUUGGGCACAACUGUAUGUCAACAGUCCUUUUUUAUUAAAAUGAACAUGCGUUUUAUUGUAGAGGCUCUCGUUCUUAAGUUAACCCACCAGCAGACCACAAAAGUUCACUAUCAGCACUUCAAGUGCUAAUUCCAAUUUUUCUAGCUCACGUCCAGUCUCCAUCUACGACUUUAAACAAUUCGUCUGGUCUUGUCCUAUAGGGAAAAUGAAGAUGACUGGCUUACGCAGACAUUGUAUGGAUGCAAUUAUGAGUUACAUUAUGAACAUGACACCUGCAAACAUAGCUGGGAACACAACACACAGACUCGGAAAGCGGAAAGCAGUAUACUGGAGGGAACCAAGUUAACUGAGGGAAUAGUUGAAGAGGGUAAACUGAGUGAUACCAAAACCCAGACAAGAGAGGAGCGAAUAAAGAGUCUAAAAGCUCUCCUUUGCAAGCACGAGGAAGAUAUUGAGAAGUUAUGGCCCGAUGCAAAUAACGACAAGCAGAAAAAAUGUUCUGUGAUUGCCAGAAAUAGGAAAAUGAUUGCAACAAGAAGCAAUGUCUUCACUGAAGCAAAGGAUUACUCCAUAAAAAGAAGAAUUUGUAGAAGAAAAAGAAAGAGAGCUGAGCCUCGUACAAGUGGGGUAGUUAAUACCAGGGAUGUUGAUAUUAUGAUGAGUAAAGGAAACCUUAUGACUAAGGAUGAGUUCCUAGCUGUGCUAGGCCUGGUCCGAGUCACAAAACUUUAUUCAUUAUGA